AUGGAACAAUUAUUAGAAGCAAUUAGUGAUGCAGUAUCAUCAAUGGUAUUAUAUUCAGUUGAAGCAGAUGAAAGUAAUGCAGCAAUUCCAAAUAUUUUACCAGGAGCACAAGGUGUAAAAUCAACGGUUGAUUAUUUAGUUGAUUUAGCUUCAAAGAGUGCAGCAUUAUGGGACAACUUUAAUCAACCAGAUAUGAAAGUGAAAAUGAUUGACACAUGUGAUAAAAUUAAAGAAUCAACAGGAUUCUUAUUGGAAUCAGCAACGAUUCUCUCAAAUAUGCCAUUCAAUAAACCAGCUAAAAAGAUUCUAUUAAAGGGUGCAAAGGGUAUUAUGGAGCAUAUGGUAGUACUAUUGCAACAAGCCGAUCUCUAUGAGGUCACUCGUUUAAUUAGAUAUUGCAGACGUUGCGAGAGUAAAUUAAAGAUUUUCAUUGGUUUAGAUCCUGGUGAAACCUUUUUCGCUACAGCUGCUCAAGAUUUUGUUACAUCCACAGUUGAAGUUGGUAAAAUCGUUACCAAACGUAUUGGUGAAAUCGAUGACUACGCUCUAAAGAAACGUUUCGAAGAAGCAAAUAGUUCUCUUAAAGUUGAAGUCCCAGUUGUCCUCCAACAUUUUGCCUACUACCAAAGAGAUGCUAACGAUAGACAUUCCUUUGAUCAAGGUCAUAUCGUUGCUAAAACUAUCUUUUCAAUCAUUGAUGAAAUUAUUACAGUCGCUCGUUUAUCUGCAAAAUCACCAUUUGAUUUAUCAAUGAUUCAAGGUCUUGAUCUUCGUGAUGAUGAUGAUCUUAAAGAUGUUAAUAUUUUAAUUUCUCAAGAGAAAUCAAGAUUAUUAUCUGCAAUUGAAGCUGGUGAUGGUAAAGAAGCAUCAAGAGCAUUAAAAGCAAUUAAAAAAGGAUUAACAGAUCAAAUUGUUAUAUCAAAAGCAUUAGCAAAAUCAACAGAUAAUCCAAUUGAAAAGAAGAGAUUAGAAGAUGCAGCAAGAAAUGCAGAAUUUAUAUUGGAUAGUAUUGUUGCACAAUUUGGUCAAGCAGUUGAAGAAUUAUUAUCAAGACCAGAUAAUUCAAUACUUUUCAAUAGAUUAAAAGCAAAUUUAGAUACUAUUAUGGAGGCAUCUGACCAAAUGGUAACAAGUUCAGCACGUUUAUCAUCGAAUGAUGUUUCAGAGGCAACAAAGAAUUUAGAAGAAUUAAUUGAAAAGGUUAGAGGUAAUAUAUCAAAGAGUGAAUUUGAAAAACUUGCAGUAAACAUACCAUUACUUCAACCAACAUUUAAUGAUAUUUUAGAUAUUGUCGAUGGAAUUGCAAUGGGUACUCAAGACGCAACCAUUAAACAAAGUCUCGAAUUUGCAAGUAAGGAAGGUAGAAACAGAGGCUCAGAGAUCAUUGGUAGAUUGGAACAAUUAUCAAAACAACUCGAAAAGAAUCCAAAUAAUAAACGUGAAAUCGAAUUGGAAAUGAAUCAAUUAUUGACUCAAUUGAAUCAAAUUGGUAGAGAUCUUUUGAAAGCCGUUUCAUUGGGUACUUCGAAUCAAAUCUAUGAAACUCAUAAAUCCAUUGAAGAGAAUUUAGCAAAACUUAAACAAGCCGUACUUUCAAAUGACCAAAAAGAAGUCACCACUGCUUUACGUGCAAUUAGAAAAGGUAUGAAUGAUCAAUUGAAUAUCGCCAAAUCAAUUGAACGUAUCACAGAGGACCAACAAAUGAAAGAUGCCCUACAAGCUGCAAUCUUAAAGGCUGAUGAAGAAUUGAAUGAUUUAAUUAAGAAUCUUUACACUUCAACUCAAGAGGCAAUGUUAGAUUCAUCAAAUCCAAAAGCAAUCGCUAAAUUGGAUGAAUCAAUUCGUGGUAUCGAUGAAAUGAAUCAAAGUUUUUUAGGUGCAGUUUCUCGUGAUAUCAUGACUGAAAACACUAAACAAAUGGAAUUGAAAUUGGCUCAAUUGGUUCAUUCAUUGAAAUCUGGUGAUCAACAAUUGACCGUUCAAGUUUUAAAAGGUGUCAUUGAAGAUAUAAAGAAACAAGGUUUAGUAGCUGAAUUGGCUUCAAAUUCAAUCAAAGACUCUGAUGAACAUCGUGCAAAUCGUAUUAAAGAGAGAGCUGUCGAUUUAACAAAUACCGGUCCAAAUUUGGUUAAAUCAGUUAAAGCAAAUCUAAUUGAAAUGAAUUCUGAUAAUUUAUCAGCAUUGGUUCAAAAUAUUGGUCAAAUUCGUGAAACAAAUAAAGAUUUAAAUAAUGCUGUUUUCAUGAGUACCGAAGAGGAACUCUUGGAAAAUUCAGCAAAGAUUGAUCAAGAGAUGAGAAGAAUUCAAACCGCUUUAGCCAAUGGUAAACCAAUUACAGAACAAGAGAUAAACUCAUUAAUGAAGAAAAUGAAUAACCAAAUUCGUUUGGCUCAUCAACAUGCUAAAUCAAUGAAAGAUCCAAAUUCAAAGAAAAUCCUAUUGGAUACAACUGAUAAUUUAAAUAAAUUGGUAUCAUUAUUGGUUGAUGCUUGUAAACAAUCAAUUGAUAAUCCAUCCGAUGAGAAAGCAAAACAAAAAGUUAAAGAUCUUUUGAAUGAAGCAAUCAAGGCCAACUUGGAUUUAAUUGGUAAUAGUUUCUCAACUGCUGAAGAAUUGGUUUAUGGUACUCCAAAUCUUUUGAAAUUAAUUUCAAAACUUGAAGAGGCAAUGGCAAAUGGUGAUCUCGAUGAGAUUAAACGUUGUUUCAAAGAAUUGAAUGAGGAACUUUCAAAACAACUAUUCUUGGCUAGAAUUGCUGAAGCUUCAAUCACUGAUCCAGAGAGAAAGAAACAAUUAUUAGAAGCAAUUGCUGAUUUAGAAAGAUUACAAACUGAUCUUUAUCCAUCGGUUAUGGAAUUCAUUUCAAAUCCAAACUCUAAGGAAGCUCGUGAGAAUUUACAACAACUUUUAAGAAAAUUAAAGAAUGAUGUUGAACGUGUUUCUUCAAUCUCUUCAACCUCUCCUUCUGAACAUCUUGAAAGUAAAUCAUAUGCUGUCGCCAAUGAAUUGAAUAAGGUUGAACGUGGUUUACAUUCAAAUAAUCAAGCUGAAGUUAAUGAUGGUGCAAAUAAAGCAAUCGCUGGUAUUAAACAACAAAUUCAACUCUCUAAACAUAUCGCUGAACAUACUGAUAAUAUUGCUCAAAAGAGAGAAAUCAUCGAUUUAUCUGAUCGUCUUGAAAAACAAGCAUUGGUUUUACAACAAGCUAUCAAAGAAUCAUUGGCAAAUCCAUCAUCUGCCGCUCAUAAAGAAAAAGUUUAUCAAGCUUCAUGUGCUACUCGUACUUUAAUGGCUCAAUUAAUUGCUGCAUCAUCUUCAAAAGUACCAGAGGAACAAAUUAUUACCACUGCUCAAUCAAUUAAAAGAGAUCUUGAUAAUUUAUCCAUUGCAUUGGCAAAGGGUGGUAAAGAUGCUGAAAAAGCAAUUAAAGAAUUUAAAUCUGGCGAAACUAAACAAAAGAUUGAAUUAUUGAAAGCCUAUGCUUCAAAAGUUCAAAAUCCACAUCAAAAGAAACAAAUCAAUCAAGCAAUUGCACAAUUAGAGGAAAAUGUUAAACAAUCAAUUGAUUUCGUUGAGAAAACUAUUGGUACUACUACUGAUAAGCCAUCAACUGUUGAACAACAAAAGAAAUUAAAAGAAUUGAUUGAUAAUAGUUCAGUUGCUGCUAAUCAAGUGAUUUCAGUUUCAACAGGUUCAAAUGAAGAUCGUUUACUUUCAAAAGCUGUUAAAAUCAAUGAAACCCUCGAUAGAAUUUCAAAAUCUGCACAUGGUGGUAAUAAGGCUGAUGUAGAUUCAAAUGUUAAAGAGUUGAGAGAAGAAUUGGGUGAUACCAUUCAAUUGAUUAAACAAGCAUCAGAGAAUGUUAAAGAUCCACAUAAAAAAGUUGCCCUCAAUGAAAUUGCAGAAAAAUUAAAAUUAGUUUCACAACCAAUUUCAAAUGCUGCAAAUAAUACUAUUUCAAAACCAUCUGAUAACGCUUCAAAGACUGAAUUAAAUAAUCUCAUCAAUCAAACUAAAGAACUUUUGGGUAAAGCAGUUGUAAACUCUACAAACAAUGAUAAUCCAACCCAACAAUUGGAUCAAGUACUUUAUAAAGCAAGUAAUGAUAUCAAUCGUUUAAAUAAUGCAGUUGAAAGUGGUGAUCAAAAAUCAAUUGGUGAUUCAUUAACUAAUCUUAAAGACACUGAAAAUAGAUUGAAAAUACUUGGUAAUUCAUUACCAUCCAAUUCUGUAGAGAGUGAAAAAGUUAAGAAAUCAAUUCAAGAAAUUAGUAAUCAAGUUUUACCAAGUAUCAUUAAUAAUGCAACCGUGAUUUUAACUCAACCAAAAGAUUCAAAUAAUUCUAAAUCCAUUGUUAAUAAGGAAUCAAAGAAAGCUUUAUCAGAUUUAUCAAAUGUUAUCUCUAUCACUAAUAAAUCACCAGAAGAGAAAAUCAUUGCAAAUGGUACCGUUCUUCAUCGUGAUACUGAUCAAUUGAAUACUUCCACUAAACAAUCAAAAAUUGAUCCAACUCAAGUUCAAAAUAAUGUUGAUACAAUCUAUAAAACUGUUGCUGAACAAACUUUAUUAGCACGUGCUUUAGCUAAUCAAACUUCAAAUACAUCAAGAAAACAAUCUUUACAAGAUAAAUCUGAUCAAUUAGAGAAACUUUUACCAGAAUUAGAAAAAGCCAAUAAAGAUAUUCAAUCAUCCGCUUCAAGUGGUAAACCAGUUGAUAAGCAAAUGGUUGAUAGACUUGAUAAAAUUACCAAUGAUAUUAAAUCAAUCAAUCAAUCAAUUGUUAGUGAAGCAAUUAAUGAAAAAUUAGAGAAAGAACAUAAAGAGAGAGAAAUUCGUGAAGCCGCCUAUAGAGAGGAACAAGAAAGAUUAAGACGUGAAAAGGAAGAAAGAGAAAAAGCUCAACAAGAUGAAGUUUUAGCUGCUGCUCAAAAAAUCGCUGAAAGAACUAAAAAUCUCAAUAAAGAUCAAACUCCAGAAGGUAAACUUUAUAGUACCGCUCAAGGUAUCGCUGGUAUCAUGAGAGAUCUUUCAAUUGCUGCCACUACUAAUGAUAAGAAGGGUAUGAUCACUUGUUCGAAACUCUUGGCUGAACAAGUAGCUCUUUACCUUCAACAAGCUAAAGAAACCGCUUCUAAAUGUACUGAUCCAAAAUUAAAAGAACAAAUUAUUACUGCUGCUCAAGCCGCUAAAAAUUUCACUGUUCAACUUAAAAUUAUUGCUGCUGUUAAAGCCGCUAGCGAUGAUGAUGAUCCAAGUUCAAAUAAACAACAAUUGGUUAAAUGUGCUAAAGGUUUAGCAAAAGCUAUCGUUGGUACUAUUAAUGCUGUAGAAAUUGGUCAAAUUAGAGUAAAAUAA